AUUCAAGUCAACGACAAUUGAAAGAUUCGUGAGACGAAGAAAACCCUAACAAUAAAAAAUUCGGAAGAACAAGCAACUGUUCUUCGAUUCGGUUUUUAAUCUUCGGUUUUAUCUCAUCACAUUGCCAAGAUCCUUACUGAGUAAAUUAGAGGGAUCUGUGCUCUUGCUAUGGCAAACUCCAAGGGGCCUUCAACAAUGAGAAGUAUGAUGUACAAUGGAAAACACUCUUUACUUCCCCCUAAAAGUCCAUUUCCCAGCAUUGCUCCCUCAUAUGCUGAUUAUGUCUCAAAUUCUGCUAUUGGGCCAAAAGGACCACCGAAGUAUAGGGAUGGGAAUUCACUCCAUCAACGUACUUCCUCUGAAAGCUUUCUGAUAGAAGAGCAGCCUUCUUGGUUGGAUGAUCUUCUUAAUGAACCAGAAACACCUGUUCGGAGAGGGCAUCGGCGCUCAUCAAGCGACUCUUUUACAUACAUGGAAGCAGCUAAUGCUGCGAAUAAUGAAUAUAGAGCGCAAGAUGAAUACAGGUUGAGAAACCUGAGUUCUGCUCUGUCAUGGGGAUCUCAAGACUUUGACAUAUUUACAGAUUCCCGAAAUCCAUCUUUUUAUGCGGAACCAAAUGCAAUGAUGAAGAAUAAGAACCGGGCAUGGGAUUCAUCACAAAAUGCAUUAACACAUUCUAUUGGCUCAGCUUCUCCUAGGGACAACUUUGUUCUUCAGAAUUCUAUAUCCUUGGCUGCUUCACGAGAAGUUGAUGGGAAUACCUCAAUCGCAACUGAGAAGAAAGAUGCAAUUGAAUCUCUCCGGCAAGAUGCAGAUACUUCUGAAAGAAAGGAUUCUUCUAGCAACAAGGCUUCUGCAUCAGAAACAGACACAAAACGUGCCAAACAGCAAUUUGCUCAACGUUCUCGGGUCCGGAAGCUUCAGUACAUCGCUGAGCUGGAAAAGAAUGUACAGGCUUUACAGGCAGAAGGUUCUGAGGUUUCUGCUGAGGUGGAAUUUCUAAACCAGCAAAGUCUUAUCCUGAGCAUGGAGAAUAAAGCGCUGAAACAACGCUUAGAGACUUUGGCUCAAGAGCAACUUAUCAAGUACAUGGAGCAUGAAGUUCUGGAGAGAGAGAUAGGGAGACUGCGAGCCUUGUAUCAACAACAGCAACAACCACAACAGCCACCUACGGCUCCUAGACACCGGCGAACCACCAGUAUGGACAAACUCGAUUCUCGAUUUGCAGACCUGUCUUUGAAAAAGGACUCUGGUUCUUCGCACGAUGUUUCUGGCCCACUCCAUACCUGAAUACAAACAUCACAGUGUUCAAUCAUCCUGACCCUUCCAUUAUCGACGUUUUGUCAUCCAACUGGCAAGAACAACUAUUUGCAGGUUUCACUAGGUUCUUCUGUACCCUUUUGUGGCCUUUCCUUUUCUUUAGCUUUAGGGCUCGUGUUUAUUAUUACCUUGCCUGUUUUUAUUUCGCUAAUUUAGUAAAUUUCUCUGCACCUGGUAGUCUGGGAAUCUUGAUUUCCCAGUUGGAGACUCACCGGAGGUGUUAACUUUAGAACCUGAUACAAUAUUUCAUGUUCUUCCAUAUGCUCAUUUAUGAUCAACUUCUAUUAUUAUUACUGUUC